AUGUUCUGGUCUGUUUGUUUAUUUGUUCUCUUGGUCUUUUUCCUCUUCUUUGGAAGAAACAAAUGUAUGAAAUUUUUAAAAAAUGUGAAAGAUUUUAUUGUGAUCUUGUCCCUCAUACAUGGUCAGAGAAGUACUGACCGUCGUAGUGCUGAUUUUCGCUCUAAACUGUAUUCCUUUAUGUGUGAGUCAGACCUCCUUGAUGAGGCUACAGUCAAUGAAUUGUACAUCCUUGCAAAGGAAUACAUCAAUACUAGUUACAGUAUCCAUGAUUUUCACAAAUACCUUCUCACACAGACUUACGUUGUUGCCUUUCGGGAUAGCACCUUGGGAUCUUUGAGGGGAUUCAUGGUGUACAAAAUCAUUCGAAAGAAGGAUUACAACAUCUUAAAUAUUGGCACGACUGUAAUGAGUCAUAAAUACAGAGGGGGCCACUUUGCAUUCUACACUGGAUCUUAUCUAAUAUUUAAAGAAUUUUUUCUGCACCCUUUCACUACUUUGUACGUAAUUGGGAAAAGUUUUGGAUACAAGAGUUACAUUUCUUUUAGGAAAAUGUGGCCCGACGAUGUGUAUCCAAGUUAUAAGAAAAAGACACCAGAAUUUAUGCUAGACAUAAUGGAAGAUUUUGCAAAAUCAAUAAUGACUGAUGACGAAGAAUACGUCCGAGAGACCGGAGCCAUCAAAAGGACAGGCAACACACUCAAAUCCUUUGCUUCAACAAUCACUGAUGAGGAUAUGAAGGAUCCAGAUAUUAAGUUUUAUUGUGAAAGCAAUCCAGGAUGGGCUGAUGGUAACUGCUUAGUUACUAUUUUAAAAGCAAAUUUGUCUACUUUUUUUAAAGCAUUAAGGAAAACAAUCUUUUCACGCAGAAAACGGAGCGUUAAAACAUCUAAACAUAAAGCUGUCCCAUCUCCAGUAUUUGGGAGAAGGUUCUCCUACAUUGAAAAGGAGACUGGAAGGUAUUAUGUUCCAAGUGUCGUGUCUGACUUUCUUGGCGGAGAAGAGGAGAAAGGAGCUAAAGUUAAACCAAAGAAUCGUCUUCUCAUCAAGAAGCCAACUCUCUCAGCUUUUAGUGAAGAGUCUGAUCCAUUUGGCAGCAUAGAAAUCGAUGAUGAUGUUAUUAGUGGUGUGGAUACUGAUGAACACACUACACAAUGACAAUACUUUUGCCAUCUAAAAUACAGAGGAAAAGCAAUACAAGAAUUAGGACAUUCAUUAUUAUUAUGUUUCUUUGUUUUAUUAGCAAGGCUACUAAAAAUUAAUUGUUUCUGUUAAAAUUUUAUUUUGUCUCUAUUGAUAGUCACUGUCAUUUCCUUUCUUCAAAAAACUUUAACAGUGCUAA